AUGGUGCCUUUGCCCUCUUCCAAAAUGGCGCCCAUACCUCCUCUGCCCACUCUCUGCUCAUAUUAUGGUGCCUUUGCCCUCUUCCAAAAUGGCACCCGUGCCUCCUCUGCCCACUUCACGUGGCAAUUCCUGCUCAUAUGGUGCCUUUGUCCUUUUCCAAAAUGGCGCCUGUGCCUCCUCUGCCCACUUAGGAACCGCCCUGUUCCAAAAUGGCGGCGGUGCCUCUGCCCACUUCUGAAAAUUCCCUCAUCGCUUGCUGCUAAUCAUAAUGGUGCCUUUGCUUCAGCUUCAAAAAUGGCCCCAGUGCCCUUGUCAAAGAUGGUGGGUGUGCCUUCAGCUCUUGAAAGCCUUAGCUUCUGCCCUCACUUCCUUUGCCUGCUGCCCAAAGGGUGCCUUCCCUUUUCCAAUAUGGCACCGCCAGCUUCCCCUGCUAUUACCUUCAACAUCAUCAUCAGUGCUUUUUUCUGGGGGGGACGCAUACCCCUAAAUAUUUUGUGA